AUGGUCGAAGGAGGCCGAGAAUCAUUGAAAUGUUUUUCGUUGUCCACCCAUCUGCGAUCUCAUUAUAUGUUUAGAAAAUUAGAAUCAAACACUACAUUGGGACAGGCAUUCACCAACACCACUUGUCUUUUCCCUGGCUCAGCAAUCUGGAUUAUGAACACGGAAAAUUUCCUGUUGACCGCGCUGACCACUGUUCAUGAAGUUGGGCACACUCUGGGCUUAAGUCACGUCAACGAGUAUCAGAAUUUUAAAUUUUUCAGAUGUUACCUGGAUUGCAAAUAUAACGAGCCGUGCAUCAUGAGUUCAGGAGCAUCCAGAUACAUAGAAAAUGUCAAAUGGUCUUCUUGCAGCAAGAAACUCUUGCACGCUCUGUACUACCAACACAACUGCCUUCUCACCGAAACAACCCCCUCCAUACCAAAACUAUGCGGAAAUGGGUUUGUGGACGAUGGGGAGGAAUGCGACUGUGGAGGAUAUCCAAACCAGGUUCGGGUUUAUUGGUCCGGGUUUCCACUUUAUAAUUCAAGCAAAAUUUGUCGAUACGCGGAAUCAGUCUGUGACCUGCUGGAUGUUUGUGAUGGGAAAAGCUCACUCUGUCCGGAUUUUCAUGAACCGGAUGGAUCAAUGUGUAGUAAUCGUGACUUUUGCAUUAACGGUAGUUGCGGCUCUCGGUCGGUCGCCUGCAGCAAUAUAUUCUACAACACAGACACUCGACCAGCCGAAAAUCUUUGCUACAGGGCCAACAGAGAUGAACAAGAAGAAGCAAAUUUCAACUGCGGGUACGAUCCGGUUCGAAAGUCAAUUAUUCCUUGCUCUGAAGGAGAUGAGCUUUGUGGAAAAUUAUUUUGUCAGUUCGGUGGUGUGCAAGCUCCAAUUGAUGGCAGCAUAUUCUUAUUUUAUGAAUUCAGUGAACAAAAUUUAUCUUCAAUCACAUGCGCCGCUGUAAGAAUGGACUACAUGGAAAAUGUUCCAAACCUAGCCUAUGUACCGGACGGAGCUUCGUGUGGACGAAAUAAGAUUUGUUUAAAAAACCACUGCACGAAUAGAAAUCUUAUUAUAGCCACCAGGGCUCCAUUGAAAUUCCAUACUUUUAGCGUAUCGUGUAACAGCAAACAUCAGCCAUACACACCGCAUCUUGGUAUACUACCAAUCAUUAUAUCUUUACGGCGAGUUUGA